GCUCGCAGUUUAAGUUCUCAGCUUCGCGUCGACGGACGUUCGAGCACUCCACCCGCAGAAAGUUGAUAGCUUUAGUUUCCGACUUCGUUGCGUGCUGCUGCAGAUUGAGAUUGAGAUAGCCGGAAGUGGUUCUUGAGUGAAAUGAAUAAAGCGGUGUGCCUAGUAAUCGCGAUCCAAGCGCUGUGGAUGGUGCAGGCCGAGACCCCACCCUAUAUCAAACAAUGUCAUAGGAACGACCCGAAAUUGGUGGACUGUUUUAUCGGAGCCAUUGAACACCUAAAGCCAUAUUUGGCCAAUGGCAUUCCUGAUAUUCAGCUGCCUUCUGUGGAGCCCUUUAAGAUGGACACCCUUGCCCUGCAGCUAACAGAGGGUCCCCAGGGGUAUAAGAUCACGCUGAAGAACAUGGAGGCCUUCGGGGCGAGCAACUUCAAGGUGACAUCCCUGAAACUGAGCGAAGGAAGCGAGCCCUUCAAGGCGAAGAUCGUGAUGCCCAAGCUAAAGAUUGAGGCUAAAUACACGAGCUCCGGGGUCCUCCUGAUCCUGCCAGCCUCCGGAGGUGGAGACUUCCAUGCUAACUUCGAGGGUGUGAGCGCCGACCUCACAGGAAAGACAUCCAUUCACGCUUCCAAGGGCGCCAACUACCUCCACAUCGAUGCUCUCAGCUUGGUUCUGGAUGUGAAGGAUGUGAAAAUGAGCAUCUCAGGUGCCUUCAACAACAACCGGAUUCUGCUGGAGGCCACCAAUCUGUUUCUGCGGGAAAACUCUCAAGUCGUUUUGGAGGCUAUGCAGGCUCAAUUACAGAAAAAAUUGGCUAGCGAGUUCGGCAAACUCGCCAACCAGCUCCUGAAGAACGUUCCUGUAGAGCAAUUCUACGUGGACUAGGCCUUAGCCCCUUAGAUUGUAGUUCGUUAGUCAUAGGAUAUAUGUAUUUAACUGUAAAUUACACUUCAAUGCUAUGAACCAAGUAUUAAAUUGUACAUGUAUAUGGUGUAAAA